AUGAAGAAGGGAGAUACUGUAGAGUCAGCACCGGCCACUCUGGCCUACCGUUCUGUCAUGGAGCAAUAUGGCUAUGAGGUGGGCAAGGUCAUUGGUAAUGGCUCCUAUGGCACGGUGUAUGAGGCAUACUACACAAAACAGAAGGUCAUGGUGGCUGUCAAGAUCAUCUCAAAGAAGAAGGCCUCUGAAGAGUAUCUUAACAAGUUCCUGCCCCGUGAGAUACAGGUCAUGAAGGUCCUGAGGCACAAGUACCUCAUCAACUUCUAUCAGGCCAUUGAGACCACAACCCGGGUGUACAUCAUUCUGGAGCUUGCUCAGGGUGGUGAUGUCCUGGAGUGGAUCCAACGCUAUGGAGCCUGCUCUGAAUCCCAGGCUGGCAAAUGGUUCUCCCAGCUGACCCUGGGCAUUGCCUACCUGCACAGCAAGGGCAUCGUGCACCGGUGUGACCCCAGCCUUUCCGCUGCUGGUAGGGACUUAAAGUUGGAGAACCUGUUGCUGGAUAAGCGAGAGAACGUGAAGAUAUCGGACUUUGGCUUCGCCAAGAUGGUGCCUUCUAACCAUUCUGUGCGUAGUAGUCCUCCUUACCGCCAAAUGAGCUGCUUUACCCACCUCAGCCAGACCUACUGUGGCAGCUAUGCUUAUGCCUGCCCGGAGAUCUUGCUAGGCUUGCCCUACAACCCUUUCCUGUCUGACACCUGGAGUAUGGGUGUCAUCCUCUACACACUCAUGGUUGCCCACCUGCCUUUCGAUGACACAAAUUUCAAGAAGCUGCUGAGAGAGACGCAGAAGGAGGUCACUUUUCCAGCCAAUAUCGCCAUCUCCCAGGAGUGUAAGAAUCUGAUCCUCCACAUGUUCCGCCACGCCACCAAGCGUGCCACCAUCCUGGAUGUCAUCAAGGAUCCCUGGGUGAUCAAGUUUCAGACUGAACAGGCCUCCCAAGAGAUCAGGCUGCUCGAGGCCAUGUGCCAGCCACCCCUUGGUGCCACUGCCACUAAUCGUCACCAAUCCAUGGAAAUUCACAGCUGAAAGUGGCUAUGGAGAAAGGGUUGAGAGAGGAACAAGCAGGAGGCUUUGGGGGUAAUAAGUCUUUUAUAUGAAAAAUAAAUUCUGACUUGGUUU